GUCGUUCACAACGGCAACGCCGGGAACAGUUAGCUGAAUCUGAGAAACAAACGCCGCUCGACAGUCGGGGCUCGGACUAAGCGGGGAAACAAGGUGCGCGUGUACUGUGUGACGUCGUGUGCUGCACGACUGGAGUGUCUAAACGAAACGAACCUAUCGCAACAUUAUCGAAAACGGCAUAGCAGCAGGCAAAUCCAAGUGCGGGGCCAUCAAUAAACAAAAUGAUGAACGACGGUUACAAUAACGUCGAUUACGACGGUUACAUGGAACAGGAGGAGGAAUGGGAACGUGAGGGCCUACUCGACCCGGCUUGGGAAAAACAACAGAAAAAGAAAAAUACAUGUGAAUACCUAUUCCAAUGCAGCAUUCUCUCAUAUUCAUUAAAGCAAGAUACGACUACGCACUUCUCGCAUACCUACCUAGGUAUCAAUCAUCUCUUAUUUGCAUUGAAUAACCUUAGUAGUGGUCGUAACCACUCGUGCAAAAAUUCUCACACAGGUUCAACCGGAGGAUUUUCACAGUACAACGGAGUUCAAUUAAUCUUCAGUGAACAAUUUGCUGUGCUGGAAGUGCUUAUUUCCGGUUCAACACUGACAUAUCAGACUGGAAAUGAGAGAGAAACAUCUUCGAAACAAAUAGUCUUCAAUAAAUGGUUAACGAUUAUUCCACUAAAAGGACAGACUACUGGGCAGAACUUGUUUUCUUCUUUUAAAAAUAUUAUUUCUUCUGAGAAAAUUCCAAUAUCGAAAACGGUAGCCUUGACAACCGAUGGCGCUCCAGCUAUGGUGGAUCGUGUUAAGGGUCUCGUGAGAUUAUGUCGUAAAGAUGAUAGUUUUCCGCAAUUUGUCUGUUACCAUUGCAUUCUCCAUCAGCAAGCGUUAUGUGGACAUUUUCUAAACCUAAACAAAGUUAUGAAAUUGGUAGUAAAAAUUGUGAACAAGAUUAGAGCUCAAGCGUUACAAAGAUUAUUCAAAACCUUGGCCGAUGAAGUUGACUGUCAAUACGGGGAACUACUUCUUCACUCUGAAGUCCGACGGUUAAGAAAGAUAUCUCAAAGUACAUUAGAAGCAUAUGACAGUAAACAUCAUGUAGAAAUAGUCUCUAAAUUAAAGGAUGACUUCAAAAAUCGUUUUAAGGAUUUCAACGAAAUUGAAAUAGUGGUGCAAUUUGUUGUUUCACCCUUCAUGGAAAUUGAUAUCCAACAGUUUGCAACUUCUGUUACCCAGAACUUUAGCGAAAACAUCGUUGCGACAGAAAUGGAAGUGAUUGCGUGUUUCAAAAUGGUUUAG